AUGCUUCGGCAGCCCUGGCCCCUCUCUGUUGCACUUGGUUCUACAGCUCUCACCUCCCUGUGGCCUGCUGCACCAGUACCCCAGGGGCGGCAACUCAGAAGCCAAAAAAUAAACUUUGGGACAUAUGAUAAUUACAUUCCAGUCAGUGAAUUAAGCAAAAAAUCAUGGAAUCAGCAACACUUUGCCUUGGUAUUUCCCAAACCACCGCGCCCAGGAAAAAAAAGGAGAACAAAACCUUCUCAAUUACAGGAAAAUGUAGUUAAAAUUGAUGAAGACCAACCAGCUCAUAGGCGACCAUUAUGGAUGCACCAUUCUUUAAUGAGAAUUUCAGAAAGACCAUCUGUUUAUUUAGCUGCCAGGAGGAAGCCCCCAGAGAAACCAGUUCCACCUCCUAAAUUGGAUAUUAGAGGAACACAAAUAUCUAAGAAAGGUAAAGGAGACAAGAAAGUAGAGGACAUAUCAGAGUCAGAAACAGAUACAAAGAAGGAAAAAGAUGCAAAGAAAGACAAAGAUAAGGAUAAAGGUAAAAAAACAGAUUCAAAAACAGUUAGAAGAGAUACAAAGAUGUACAAAGAUUCAGCUUCAGAAUCUGAAGGUGAAAAACCAGGUCCAAAAAAGGAUGAUAAAAAAGAUAAGAAGGAUUCAAAAAAGGGUAAGGAUUCAGCUUCAGAAUCUGAAGGUGAAAAACCAGGCUCAAAGAAGGAUGCCAAACCUGUUAAAAAGGAUACAAAGAAGGGCAAAGAUUCAGCUUCAGAAUCUGAAGGUGAAAAACCAGACUCAAAGAAGGAUGACAAACUAGAUACAAAGAAGGGUAAAGACUCAACUUCAGAAUCUGAAGAUAAAAAACCAGGCUCAAAGAAGGAUGACAAACCAGUUAAAAAGGAUCCAAAGAAGGGCAAAGAUUCAGCUUCAGAAUCUGAAGGUGAAAAGAAGGGUAAAGAUUCAAAGAAAGGUACUGUAGCCAAGAAAGAUUCAAAGCAAGAUGAAAAGAAGGGGUCUAAAAAAGAUGAAAAGAAACCUGGUGGUACAGCGAGUGAAACAAAGGUUGGCACCAAGAAAGAUGCCAAAAAAGAUGAUAAGAAAGAUUCAAAGAAAGAUGCCAAGAAAAGUACCAAGAAAGAUACGGACACAGAAUCUGGUGAUUCAAAGGCCACGGGUAAGAAGGGUGGAGAUAAGAGUAAAAAGAAGACAAAGUAG